GCCCAAGUUCUGCGGAGUUUCUGUUAGUUUCGUUUUGUGACUGUCCGCACAUGCACAUCAUUAAUAUCCUCCUCCAAUUCCAAUUCCAAUUCCAAUUCUUGCGUUCCUCUCACUCCUUCAAAAAAAAUUGAUUUUUCUUUUUUAAUUUUUGAAUUUUCAAUUUCAUCGUGUCUUCCGCAAAUCUGAAGAAAUCUCUGAUCUUGUAGUUUGUAAUGAUGGACAAGGCGGAUCCAGGAUUGAAGCUGCACACGAGAAUGAGGCUGUGGGAAUUCCCUGAUCAGUACGUGGUGGAGCCAACGGACGGUUCCUCGGCCUCGUUUCUGGCGAUCAGUCGCGUCGACGGCUCCAUGAAUCUAAUUGAUGAGAUACCUCUUUGCAACUCGCUUCGUGUGCCUAAAAUUCGGACUAUCUAUGGUGUCGUUGGGAUGCUCAAACUUUUGGCAGGGUCAUACUUUAUAGUGAUAACUGAAAGUGAAUGUGUUGGUUCUCAUUUGGGUCAUCCCAUAUUUAAAGUUACAUCAAUGAAAGUUUUGCCCUGUGAUCAUUCUCUCAAGAACUCUCCAGAAGAACAGAAAAAGACGGAGAGUGAGUUUUCUCGCUUGCUAAAUGUAGCAGAGAAGAGUCCGGGUCUGUAUUUCUCCUAUGAUGUGAAUAUAACUCUGAGUGUCCAACGGCUGCAUGAUUUAGGUGAUGAAUCAAAAGUCCUUCCUCUUUGGAGACAGGCAGAUCCACGGUUUCUUUGGAAUAACUAUAUGCUAGAAGUACUUAUAGAUAACAAGCUUGACCCUUUCCUACUUCCUGUCAUGCAAGGCAGUUUUCAUAGCUUUCAAACUGCCAUAGGCAAAGAUAUACUCGAUGUUACGCUGAUUGCACGAAGAUGUACAAGGAGAACAGGCACUCGAAUGUGGAGAAGAGGGGCUGAUUCUGAUGGAUUUGUUGCCAAUUUUGUGGAAACUGAACAAAUCAUACAAUUGAAGGGAUAUACAGCAUCGUUUGUUCAGGUUCGGGGUUCAAUGCCCUUUCUUUGGGAUCAGAUUGUUGAUUUGACAUAUAAGCCAAAGUUUGAAAUUGUGAAGCCCGAGGAAGCACCUCGUGUAGCUGAGCGACACUUUUUGGAUCUAAGGAAAAAAUACGGAAAUGUUAUUGCAGUGGAUUUAGUUAACAAGCAUGGAGGUGAGGGACGCUUGUCUGAAAAGUUUGGAAGUGCAAUGGAAGCUGUUGCUGGUGACGAUGUGAGAUAUCUCCAUUUUGAUUUUCAUAAGAUAUGUGGACAUAUCCAUUUUGAGCGCCUUUCCAUUCUUUAUGAGCAAAUUGAGGAUUUUCUCAUUAAAAGCAGGUAUCUCUUGUUAAAUGAGAAGGGGGAGAAACUUGAAGCACAAUCAGGAGUCGUGCGGACCAAUUGCAUUGAUUGCUUGGAUCGAACAAAUGUCACCCAGAGCAUGAUUGCUCGUAAGAUGCUUGAAUUUCAACUUCAAAGGCUUGGUGUUUUUGAUGCUGAGGAAACGAUCAGCUCACAUCCCAAUUUUGAUGACAACUAUAAAAUUCUAUGGGCCAACCAUGGGGAUGACAUUAGCAUACAGUAUUCUGGUACUCCUGCAUUGAAAGGAGAUUUCGUCAGGUAUGGUCAGAGGACUAUCCAGGGGAUUAUAACUGAUGGUUAUAAUGCUCUUAUGCGGUAUUACUUAAACAACUUCUGUGAUGGCACAAAGCAGGAUGCAAUUGAUUUGUUGCAAGGACAUUAUAUUCUUUCUGUAUCUCGAAGCAUGACUCCUACAGCAGAGAAAGGUGGCAUUGAAGCUAUUGCUUCCUUUCCAGCGGCCCUUGCCCUAAUUGUGACUGGUUUCUUCUUUGCAAUGAUGUCACUUCGAAGAGUUCGAUAUGAUUGGUGGAACUUGUUAUUUUCACUCAUGUGGGCUGGCAUGAGUGUAGCGGUAGGAGCGUUCGUGAAGGCCAAUGGGCGCGUAUUCUGCAACCGCCCCCGCCUGCACCAACCUAGGCGUUGAUUCUGUCUUGAAAGUUUGCAUAACAUGCCCUGCCAUUCUACACCGUGCUGUUUUUGUAGCGCACUAUUCAUUCCUUGUGAAACCGAGUGGUCUAUUUAUCGUAUUUUGUAUUUUUUUUUUUUUUAAUCUCUUUUCUACUAUGGAUCUUCUGUUCUUGUGAUUCAGUAUUUCCACAAUUAUACAUA